AUGGCUACGACCGCGCCCAUCUCGACCACGACGCCACCCGCAGCUAUCGAUAACCACGAACGGGUACGCGCAUACGAGAUCGCCGCAUAUCUCUCUGCCGCGUCGUUCCCCUUCCACAUCCCAGAAGGACCGCCGUCCGAACCAGUCCCCAGCAGCGACAUAACCCUCAACGCCCUCGUCCAGCAUGGCGUGCACAAGAUGGACUGCGAUCGCGCAUUCCUUUCGCUCAUUGAUAAUCGAAAUCAAUUCAUAUGCGCAGAGAUGACGAGGCACCAGUCGCUUUCGAGUGCAGACCCGGCCGAGCCGCUCUUGCUGGGUACUUCGCGAAUCGCUCUCGAAUGGGGCGUCUGCCCAUUCACCAUGUGCAUCUUCCAGGGCAAACCAGUGCCUAUGCCGGACAGUCCCUAUAUCAUUGCCGACAAGUCGUAUUUCUGCAUAAAAGACUUUCGCCAGGUUCCCACAUUUGCCGAGCGCCCGUUCGUGGCUGGCUACCCGCACAUGGUUUCAUACCUCGAGAUACCGCUGUUUGCAAUGUCUGGGCACAUAUUGGGCAGCUACUGUGUUGUUGACACUAAAGAACGGGACUUUCUGCAUCCCAAGUCGCUGAGCACUCUUCGCGAAACUACCUCGGCUAUCAGUGCAUACCUCGAUAUGCGACGCGCCGAAGCUUCUUCAGAUGACAUGGUUCCAAGGUCUGUAGCCCCUGUGCGCCCUGGAGCUCACACAAGCCAAUUCGACCUAGAUGUUUUUGGCGCCGCCUCGCGAAGAAAACCUGACAAGAAGCUAUCCGACGGCACGAAUGCAAGCGUCACCAUGCCAGACCAUGUUCAGUCAUUGCCUGUUUGCGAUGCAUCUGUUAUCGUUUCGCCCCAAGAUAAUGUCUCAAAACGGGUCAAAUCUGACUUUGCUACUCAAGUCGACACUCUCUUCAUGAAAGCCGCAGAUAGUAUUGGCGAUGCUAUGGGUCUGGAUGGCCUAGUCUUCUUUGACACCGUUUCAACUGGCACCCGAAACAAAGGUUGUCAGCUGAAAUUGCGUCAGUCGCUCAUCCAGCGCUUGACUGCCAAGUACCCUCGAGGGCAUGUCUUCGCAGUCGAUGAACAUGGGGUCUUCCAACACGAUUGCGAUGGCGAACUUGACUCUGGUGCGGAUGACAGAUGGAAUGACCUCUUCAGUUUAUUGCCAAAGACCCGCUACGUAAUAUUCCUGCCUAUGUUUCACUAUUCAAGAGAAGCUUGUUACGCAACCUGCCUAGCCUGGGUAUCUGACACCGGCAAAACACUUGAUACUGGCGAUGUCAAUUCAUUGACAGCUUUCGGUAACUCACUGAUGGCUGAGGUCUUUCGCUUAGAAGCAUGCGAAAAUACACUUUCCAAGUCGGACUUUGUUUCGACCAUCAGUCACGAGUUACGAAGUCCCUUGCAUGGCAUUUUGGCCAGCAUUGAGCUGAUCCAAGAAAACUGCCAGGGAUCUGGUUUGAUGUCGGAGAUCUCCAUGAUUGAGUCUUGUGCGGUUACUCUUCUCGAUACAUUUGACCAUCUGUUGGAAUAUUCCAAAGUGAAUAGCCGCGCCAGCGUUGGACAAAGAGGCGGAAAUGGAGAUCCUCGUUCCACCACCCACGUUCAUCACGGUGCAGUAGCUGUCGACUUGGCUUCUAUGGUCGAAGAUGUCAUUGGGACUGUUUCUGUAGGUCAUGACCAUUCUUCGCGCCUCUCUUCUGGACUUAAUAAAGAGCGUCAAGAUUUGUUGGCUGGAUCGCCCGCAACGGCACAAACCGAGCCUGUCGUCGUCACCACACGCAUUGAAAAGGCCCGUGAUUGGACCUUUGUCAUUGACAAGGGUGCUUGGAAGCGCAUUUUACUCAAUGUCGUCAGCAACGCAUUGAAGUAUACCAAGUCGGGCUACAUUCACGUAGGUCUAGCAUUUAUGGAGGCUGCCGAUGACAGUCAGUCACAAAUCAGUCUUUCUGUGACCGACACGGGUGUAGGCAUGAGUGAGGAUUUCCUCAAGUACCAUCUCUUUACACCCUUCAUUCAGGAGAAUCUACUAAGUCCAGGAACUGGGCUAGGUUUGAGCUUAGUGAAGAGCAUCGUGGAGUCACUACACGGAACUAUAUCAGUCUCUAGUCGUUUGGGCAAGGGAACGAAGAUCAUCAUCAACAUUCCGGCUAGUCAAACGGCGCAGACACCAAAUGCGCCACGUAGCGAGAACGUUUCCUCUCACGAAUGCCUACGCGGAAAGGCAAUCGGUAUGCUCAGUCUCUCUCUACCCGAAGAGCAAGGCAAAGAAUUUGCCCCCUCUAUCGAUUCGCCUCCCGAAGCGCUGGAGCGGGCCGUUCAAAAUAUCUGCCAGGAUCGCUUCGGCAUGAGGUUCACCACUGUUUCCACAGACACACUUCCGGUUCUGGAUGUACUCCUCAUCGAUCACCAUGCCAUCUCUUCGACACUCACGUACGACUUGAAAACAUUGUUCCCUACGUAUACGGGAGGGACUUACCCGGUCAUGGUCGACCUGCGCAAUAUUAAAGGCGCACCUCCCGAAUCUGGCACUAGCAAGGCCAUGCACACGGUACUAGUCACUGCAAACUCGCUCGGACCUGCACUCAUCUCGGCUAUGAAGGAUGUCACUACCAAGGAGAAGGCAUUGCCGUCCAUAGAAGUCAGAAGCAGACCUGACAUGGAGCCAACAGAGCCGUUAGAACAUGCCGACACAAUGCUAGAGCCAGACCCGCAAACCAAAGUACUUCCACACCGCAGCUUAUCGUUGCAGCGUGUGACACGAGCCGACGCCGCCACAAGUCCUGCUCUACAAGCACCAUUACCAACACAACCACCUACCCCGCUUACAAGCAGCCCGACAUGCCGAUUCCACCGUCUGCUCUUGGUAGACGAUAACCCCAUAAAUCUAAAAAUGCUAUGCGCUUUUGCAAAACGCCUCGGCGUACCGUAUUCCAGUGCCACCGACGGCGCAGAAGCGGUGCGUCUCUAUCGAACCGCCACUGAGCAAGGGGACCCAAAAGCAAACUAUGACUGCAUCUUCAUGGACAUCAGCAUGCCAGUUAUGGAUGGCUUCCAGGCCGUAUCAAAGAUUCGUGGAAUCGAACACGGUUUGCUGGAAAAAGGCAUACCAAGACAGUCCGAUGACGCUGCGAAACAUGGUUUAGAUGGCACUCUAGAGGAAGAGAGAGGUACCCGGGCGUACAUCUUCGCAUUAACGGGUCUUGGUAGCGAGAAAGCGCGAAAGCAAGCGAAGAAUAGCGGUUUUGACGAGUUCCUUCUCAAGCCAGUGAGGUUCAAAGACGUCCUACCGUUGUUGGCACGUCUGCCGACUGCAUGA